AUGCGAGACUCAACAGAGCCUAGCCACCUGGCGGCACAGUUGAAGCUGCCCCAUAGCCAAGUGAAUAGUCCGUCCAUGUGUGCGCCUUUGGAAAUUGUUUCCCCCGCAUCUGCAGCCAACCCCCUCCAAAACUCUGAAGAUCACACUGAACCUUCGCGCUGUUCAACACCGCUUCAGCUGCUGCCCUUUGACAGCUGUAACGACACUACAGGCAUUGCGACCCCUGCGACACCGCAACAGGAUCAUCGCUUAGGCCAUGGCCUUUCUCUUCAUGUGCCUCAGAAGCUAUUACACCCACAGCCUACCUCCUUAAGUCGUCAGCCCUCCUCUCCAAAACUAGACUCUACCCAGAUUUAUACUUCACCCUCCUCCGUUUUACCUCGACGAUCGCGUGGAUUGGACUUCUCAAGAGCUUCUACAAAUCUUCACCACUCAACGCUAGCCGAAGCUUCGCCUGACUCUUCACCAGUUGUGGGUGGGCGGGGGGUGACAAUUCCACAGCGUCGUGCUGGGAACGGCUUUGGUUUCGUUUCUCCAAACAAUUCUCUUGGUCACAUCUGGGCCGCUCCGAGUCAUGCAGACAGAAAUGUCGUAUCAGGUUCGGUGAGCAGUAUUAAUAUGCUGGACUCGGAUUCUUCGACCUGUAGCGAGGAUGACGAUGAUGCGUCUCCCCUUGCUGGGGAACGGUGCGAAUCUAUUUUAACAACGCCCCAGGCCAAUAAAACGAUACAUAAUCUGCUAAACACCAUGUCCCCAAACUCGGGAUCGAGCUCUACUGGCAUUACAAAGCCAAGUCUCAUGAGUUUUCAGAGGGCGCGGUACCGCAGUCGGACAAGGUAUAGCUCGACGAGCACAAGUGGUCACAGUUCGAGACCAAGCCCUGGGCCGAAAUCUCCCCCUGUGGUGAAAAAUCUGGAAACUUUCCCUUCUGGGUAUUUUUCCAAGGAAGCCAUUAUUGCUGAUGUAAAGUCGCGCCGGGAAAGCUUGAGCCUUGGAACCAGUGAUCUACAUUUAUCUGAUUUAAGCGAUGAUAGCGAUACCAGACGAGCAUCAAGCAGCUCAGUCGUUGCGGUAGUCGGCGGAAACUCGAGCCCCGACAUUAGCCGAAGGGGUGUUAUACGUCGAGCCGUUACGCGACGUGGAAACCUAUUGCCCAAAACGAAAAACUUUGCAAGAAUCAAAGCUACGCUCAUGGAAGAAGGCGCCCCUAUUGAGAGUGAAGCGAAGAAGGAGGCUGAAGUGAUUCGACAAGUACGGGAAAGUGAUGAUACUGCGGCUUCGCCCUUGUCUUCGCGGUUACUUGCCUCCCCAUUGCCCCUUGCCUCUGAUACGGAGGAUAGGCCAGCAGGUGGUGAUGUAGGUAACGGUAUCGUGUCCGCUAAUUUCAGCCAGCAGGCUUCGGAAAAUUCCGGCGGUGCACAAUUUUGGGACUCCUUUGAUCGUCGCUACCAGACUCCCCCUCCUUCGACCUACAACCCACGCUUGGCUUCUAGUGAGACAUCAAUAAUCAAAAAUCCACCGGGGAUCGAGACAUCACGUUCUUCUGAAGCGGAUCCCAUACUAAUACAACGACGGUCGCUUACACCUCGAACCGUGUUGUCACAAGCUGCAAGUGAACUGUCUCAGCGGCUCAAUAAGCGACGUCGAGUGGAUGAUCUUGACCUUGACCUCGCGUCUUUCAAGCGCCGUGCUGUAUCUCCCGGAACCAGCACUCAAAGUAGCCCGAGCCAAACCCUGGCAUUCUCAUUUCCUGAUCACAAUCAGACCGGUGGCCAGUUACCGAAAGCAAAAUUUUGCGCCACUUCAGCCCAAAAUACGACGAGUGCGCAACCUAUGAAAAGAGUUGGCUUGCAGGGUAUGACGGAAACCAAUGAGGGAUUUAUGAACAUGAGCAUUGAUUAG